UGACAUAGAGAAAUGAAAGCAGUCAAUAACGAUCCGUUGUGACGCAUUUGAUUUUGACCUUAGAAUAGAAAUAAAUUUUCGACUAUCAGUUGCUGAUUGCGGCCAAAUAAUUGAGUUAUUUCAAAAAUAUUUAAAACGUUUCAUCGGUGAUCGCGGUAGUGCCGCGCUACACAUGCGGAUGUAAUAAAUACAUUCAUAGUUAUCUGACUUAUGUAUAAAUUUCGGAACUUCGAAAAGGUUAUGUCACUCGUGCAGCAAUAUGGCGGCGUGUGAGAGUGAAGAUUUUCACAAGGUUUUGGAGUAUAGAAUUUUCAAAUGCUCCAGCUACUCGUCGACCUAUGUACCUGAGAAUAUUCUCGUAGACGUACCGUCGGAUCAAUCCUCUCGCUGGUCCUCUGACAAUGACAAUCAUCCUCAGUUUCUCAUUCUCAAACUCCAACAUCAGUCCAUCGUCAAAACUAUCACGUUUGGUAAAUAUGAAAAAACUCAUGUUUGUAACAUCAAGAAAUUCAAAGUUUUUGGUGGACUUGAACCUGAGAAUAUGAUGGAGCUACUAGAAAGUGGUUUGAAAAAUGACUCUACACCAGAAACAUUCGACCUCAAACAUGUGGUCGGGAAUGACGAGAACUAUUUUCCGAUUAAGUACCUGAAAAUUCUUCCCCUGCAAUCCUGGGGCCCCAGUUUUAACUUUUCUAUCUGGCAUGUUCACCUCGCGGGAGUCGAUGACCAGAAACUUGUCAAAAGCAGCAUUGAAUGUUUUAACUCUCAGGUUAGACAGCAGCAUAAUACCAACGUUUUUAUUCCACUAAACAAGUACCGUCAGAAAGAGGUGUUACGACUGUGUAUGAAACAUUUUCGCCGCUUGGAAUAUCCGGAAAUUGUCAAUACUCUGCAAAGAGUUACUGGGGUGAGUCUUGAGGAUUCCAGACUGUCAACACUGUAUGAUAUAUUGGUAACCAAGGGGGAUCACUGCCAGGCAGAAAGAUUCAUUAGCAACGCUGUAAACAUGGGACUUUUCAAUGAGUAUAUAAAUGCUCAGGCUUACCGAGCUAUAUGGACAAAAAUAUUUUCCAAGGAUCCAAAACCUGGAAUGAGGGGUGGGCAUCAAAUGGUUUUGGACCCAUCGGCGGAAAUGUUGUAUCUGUUCGGUGGCUGGGAUGGAAAUCAGGAUUUGGCUGACCUUUGGACCUAUAAUGUAUCAACUGACAAGUGGCAUCUUAUUUGCAAAGACACAGAAGCAGUGGGUGGUCCUACCGCCCGGUCUUGUCACAAAAUGUGUUUGGACCCAGAAAGGCGUCAGUUGUUUACUCUGGGACGGUAUUUAGACACUCAAUAUCGCUCGCCAGAAAAUCUGAAGAGCGAUUUUUACGUUUAUGAUAUAGAGUCUGAUAAAUGGACACAGAUAUCUGAAGAUACCGGAGCCGUCGGUGGUCCUCAAUUGAUUUUCGACCACCAAAUGUCAAUGGACGUCGCUAAGAGAACUAUCUAUAUUUUCGGUGGACGUGUUCUUGUGCCAUCGCAUGUGAUUGAGGAUAACCAUGGAGUUACACCAAACGUGACAGAACCAGUAUUUUCUGGAUUGUAUUCGUACCAUGUGCCAACUGGGACCUGGAGUAGGCUCGCUUGUGAUAUUGCGAGACCCAGUCCGCCUAAUAUACCAACAAUUAGGUCCAGAGUUGGACAUUCCAUGCUAUUUCAUCCGGAAUUCAGAAAACUAUAUAUAUUUGCGGGACAGAGGAGUAAAGAGUAUCUAAACGAUUUUUUUACCUUCGAAGUAGACACCGAGACUUUGGAACACAUCAAUCUCAGUGACUUGGGAAACCGGGAUUCAAAUCAUGUUCCCGCGGCUGGUUUUACCCAGAGGGCUACUAUUGAUCCUGAACUUGGCGAGAUUUACGUUUUAUCUGGUCUGAGCAAAGACAAAGAGAAGAGAGACGACAAUGUUCAAAAUUCUCUUUGGGUCUACAAUAUUAAAGAGAACCGGUGGUCUUGCAUAUAUCGUAAUGAAAACGUUGGUGACAAGUAUUGGAAUAGUAUGCAGGAUUACGAGCCUUGUCCUAGAUUUGCCCACCAGCUUGUGUACGAUCAUAUUCAAAAGGUCCAUUACUUAUUUGGAGGAAAUCCGGGGCGCUCUUGUCUGCCAAAAUUGAGGCUGGAUGAUUUUUGGCAGCUGGAACUCUGUAGACCCUCUCAUGAGCAGAUUUUGAGGAAAUGCAAGCUGAUAAUAAGGAAGCACAAAUUCGAAGAAUUGGCUAUGAAAAAUAGCAUCGAGGCUCUCGAGUACCUGCAGACACAAGUAUACGAAAUCAUCGAUCAUGCCGAUCCGGAGCAAACCAAAGAGUUUCAGUUACUGGCUUCAGUUCUUUUCCGAGAGCAAGAAAGAAGCAUGGAUAACAGUUUAGAUCUGGAUCCAGCAUCCAGCACUAGUUCCAGUGAUCGAAUUAAUUCAGUGGUGCCAAAGAAUUUUACGAUGCACGACAUCCACGCUCGCCGUACGGAAUUGUUUGACAAACUUACCGAAUUUUUUCCUGAAAGCUUAACUCAGCCGCGAGCAAAUCUUAUAGACCUUUUGCCAUUGUGAUAUUUUUAACAUGGUUAACGUACUUAAAAGUCAUACUAAUUUCGCUAUUUUUUUUUCAAUCACACACCAAAAUCAUACUUAGCCUAUGUUUUCUUUAUUGUAUGUAUAAUUCAACAGCAACAAAUAACAGACUGUUAGUCUUUUCGUUUAACAGGUAUAAUAUCAAAGUCACGUGUUAUUUAUAAUAUUUUAUUUUCAUAUUUAGCUCGUAUAAUUUCGUUUCAAUAUUACUACUGUGUAUGAAAAAUUACGACCAGUUGCAGUUCAGUUCAUCAUUAUUUUUAUACAUACGGACAGCGAUAAUGAUAACGUUUGAUAGAUUCGUUUCUGCAAGUAGUUUUGAAAUAAUGCUAAUAGUCGUACUUUUUUUUGAUUAUUUUUCAUGAAGACUGUAAUAUUACAUUUUAUACGAUUGUUUGUAUCAUUAUAUUUAACUUUAGAAAUUUGGUUUAACUCUCUUUAUUUAUCAACUGUAUCAUCCUGUUAUUCAUCUCCGGUUUUACAAUUGAUUGAACUGUACGAAGAAAUUUUUUUUUUCGAAGCCCGUACCUUUUCUCGCAAUCAGUCAACUUUAAUUUGCCAUUCUACUUUAUAUUUUACCUUGUAUUCGGUGUAUUCGUUAUUUUUAAAAUGCAUUGAGGAAAAUACCCCAGUUUUUUUUUUUCAUUUUUGUCAGAUUACAUUAAAUGAAACUUGGACCAUUCACAUGUUUGAAGGCAAUUUUAUUUUUACUUUCAAUAGAUUUUUAUUUUUACAAUUGCGAAUUAUUAUUGUUGUUAAUACUUGUUUACUUUUAUCAUUUUGUUCGCAACCUAAAAUCUCUGUGAAUUUCCGAUUUACAUGCUUGUAAUACUGAAACUAUAACUAUAUAGCAAUUAUUUGCCUCUCUGCUCUUUGCGAAUUGUUAUUCGUAAUACUUGCUUAAACCUGAAGUUCAUAAUACAAUGAUCUACAACUGAUAAUAUAUAUUGUCUAGAUGCGUAUUUAUAUAAAAAAGUUCUAAAUUUACUUUAAAUAUUUAAGUGUACAGUGGUUUUGUUAUUAAAAAUGAUCUUAAGCUUCCGCUUGCCAUAGUAAUGAGUUGUUAAUAGACUAUUAUGAAUAAGCUCUAAUAAUAAUAAAAUAACAAAAAUACAAAUAAUUAAUAUUUUAUAUUGCGUAGCUUUGUAAAUAUUUUUCAUUAAGUGUUCUGUCGAUAUCGAUUCUCUGUAAUGUAACUGACAUAAUUUAUACAAUAAUACAUAUACAUAUUAUAUAUGUGUUUGUAUAUGAUCACAAUCUAACGAUUAUAAGAUAACGUUAAUGUGUAUACAAACGUUAAGUUUUUGGCAUAAUAACGCACUUUGGCAUGCUAGAUAAUCAUACAUCAAAAUCUGUUACAUGUCUCAUCCAGAUAUUUCGUACUUUGAAAGUAGUAAAGCGAAAAAUUGAAUCUUU